UAUAAAGUGCGUAACGCGCGCAGUGACCUCUCACUCUCCUCCACACAGACGCACGUAACACCAUGGGGAACUUUGUGGCCAACGAGGGACUCUCCAUCUUUGUUAUUUUGGCCUGGUUGGGCAUCAACGCUUACCUCUUCUAUCAGUUCUACUUGAACUUUUUGGUGGAUAGGUGGCUUUACAGCCGAGUACUGCUCGGGCAAGCGCUGCCCUGGGCCCGAGCGCCCGCUGCCUGCCUCAACUUCAACUGUUUGCUCAUCCUGCUGCCAGUGUGUCGAAACUUCCUGUCCUUCGUCCGCGGCACCAUCCAGUGUUGCAGUCGCACAGCAGCUCGUCAGCUAGACCGAAACCUGACGUUCCACAAGCUGGUGGCUUAUAUGAUCGCUCUACACACAGCGAUUCACAUCGUGGCACACUUGUUUAACUUUGAGUAUUUCUGGGAUGCUCAGCUGAACCGUAACAGCAGCCUGCUGCCUUUCGUCCUGUCUGAAAUUGGCACCGACGACGGUUUGCCUUACCUCAACCCCAUCAGGAACAACGAGACCAGCCCCACCCUGGUCACCUUCACCACCAUCGCGGGGCUCACAGGCGUCGUGAUCACACUGGCCCUCAUCCUCAUCAUCAGUUCCUCCAUGGAGGUGAUCCGCCGGUCCUACUUCGAGGUGUUCUGGUACACCCACCACCUCUUCGUCAUCUUCUUCAUUGGCUUGGUGUUCCACGGAUAUGGGCGUAUUGUGCGAGGGCAGACAUUAAGUAGCCUGCAGACAAACAACCCCAACUUGUGUAAAGACCGCUUUCAGGAGUGGGGCAUGAACGGGUCCGACUGUGCUGUGCCAGUGUUUGCUGGUAACCCACCUGGGACGUGGAUGUGGGUGGUGGGCCCCAUGUUUCUCUACGUGUGUGAGAGGAUUGUGCGCAUCUAUCGAUCCCACCAAAAAGUGGUCAUCACCAAGGUGGUGAUGCAUCCAUCCAAGACUCUGGAGCUGCAGAUGAAGAAGAAGGGCUUCAGAAUGGAGGUGGGCCAGUACGUCUUCAUCCAGUGCCCGUCCGUCUCCAGGCUGGAGUGGCACCCCUUCACUCUGACCUCAGCACCGGAGGAGGACCACUUCAGCGCCCACAUCCGCAUCGUCGGGGACUGGACCCAGGCCCUGUUUGAGGCGUGUGGAGGAGACAAAGCGGAGCCCCAGGAGGCCUGGAAGCUGCCCAAGGUGGCUAUAGACGGUCCGUUUGGGACCGCUAGCGAAGACGUGUUUCGGUACGAAGUGGUCAUGUUGGUGGGCGCAGGAAUCGGAGUGACUCCGUUUGCCUCCAUCCUCAAAUCUGUGUGGUACAAACGAAUCCAGAACAACCAGGACGUCUUCACCAAGAAGAUUUACUUCUACUGGCUGUGCCCGGAGACGGAGGCCUUUGAGUGGUUUGCGGACCUGCUUCAGUCGUUGGAGGGCCAGAUGACGGAGAAGGGCAUGGCUGACUUCCUCAGCUACAACAUCUACCUCACCCGCUGGAAGGAGACUGAGGCGGCACAUUUCCGAGUCCACCAUGAGGCGGAGAAUGACCCGAUCACAGGGCUCAAACAGAAGACUCUUUAUGGGAAACCCAACUGGGACAACGAGUUCACCAAUAUUGCAUCAAAGCACCCGAGGUCUAAAGUGGGGGUGUUCCUGUGUGGCCCCCCUGCUCUGGGGAAAUCCCUGGAGAACCAGUGCCACUCCUCCUCUGCAGCUGAUGUCAAGUUCAUCUUCAACAAAGAAAACUUUUAAAGAACAGCCACAACAAGCAGAGUGGAGGGUCGCGCCAUCAGCUGGUUCACGGAGAGGCCAUGACAUCUGCAAUAGUGCUUAUUUUAUUUCACCAAUGUGAAGUUUGUGGUUUAAAUUUUGUUGAGUGCCAACAGCGCGGAAGGACCUGCUCCUAUAAUCCUAUAGAUUAUCAGCAUUAGUGUUUUGCAAAGAUGUGAUGUUUGCACAAAUAACUAGAACUAGAUGUUUUCCACAUCGCUUUGUUCUCCUUUUGUGUUACAGCAACAAAUGAAACUCUGUUGCUUUCAAAACGUUUCUUCCCAUUUCUGAUGGGAUUUCUUCAGGUCCUCUUUGCUCCUGCCAGACACUUCUGAAAGCGGUUUCACAGGAAAAAACAGCAAAACCAGAUUCCAAAUAAACCUUGAGAAGGUGCUAAUGCUUUAGCUGCUACUAAAUGUUUGUGAUAAAAACAAGAAAAUAAAAAAAUAGCCGCAUGCUGCUUGUCUCACACAGUCAUGAAUAUUACAGGCGUUCUUUCCCUUUAUCAGUGAAUGGUUUAACAACUAAGACAACUCCAUAGAUGGAGAGUGAGUCAGACAUUUCUGUGCAUGGUUGCCUUUUCAUAAUAAAAACUAUAAAUGUGAA